UGCAUCUUGCAACAAAAUCCAUUUUUUCACUCCAAUCUGUCCGGUCUAGUGCAACUCGUCUGGUGAAGAAAAUACAAAAUUUGUGUAUUAAAAGUGACUAUAUUUGAUGCUCGGUGCUUGAAAUAGAUGGUGACGGGUGGAUGCUUAACUUAAGGUAGAAGGAGGUGGAGAAGAAAUGAUCACAUCACACCGUGAACCUCCAUCCAAGUAGGCCCAGGGCAAGGAGACUACCCCGUAGUCCUCAUCCUCAAACGCACAAAUACACCCGUAUUAGCGCUGUAGUGAGAAGAGAUACGGCAACGAUCCAAGUAGUCACACAAUCAUCAAGGGGGUCAUUCGCUGGUUUAUACAGCCCUGGGACGGUUGAAAACUAGCGGAGUGCAUGGUGGCAGGCAGAGUACAUAGCAGCCUAGCGAGAGGGUGUCUGUGGUGUGUGAGUUGAACGCGCCCGGUAGAUGUCGUUGUGGUGAAUACCCGGUUCGCUCUGCGCAUGUGUUUGUGUGAUGGUGGUGCCGCAAUGAUGAUUGCCACUGCCAGGGUGGGAGUGUGAGGUGGAAAACGCUCGUGGAGGAAAAUUGCCCAACACUCUUGGUGGUGCAGUUGGUCCUGUGGACUGUUGAAAGCGGGUGGCGAAGGCGAAGAUAUCGCCAAGGGGAAGUGAAAUUUCGUUUUCGUGCGUAUUUGUGCGCGCGUGUGCCCGAAAAGUUCGCUAGCGACGACCGACGCGUUUUGUGGUGGUGUGCGUGAGUGCGGCCAGAAGCAAGGUGCUGUUUUGUCGACUGUGGUGAAGUGAGGCUUCACUUUUUUCAGUGGAUAAGCAGUAGCAGAGGCAAACGCAUCUCGCGCAAGCAAACCGUGUAGCAAUCGACGGAGUGAAGCGUACACGCGUCGUAGUCGCAAUUCGCAAUCGUCGUCGUAGUCGUCGCAAAGUUGUCGACCUCCAGUCUCAAAAACGGGAAAAGUAACAAGAAGAGUGUGAUAUUGUACGUAAAAAUAUCGGUAUUAUUUCGGCCGUGCACGGGUGGCUAACAAAACUGACGUACAUCGAAUAGUGGAUUAACGAGUGCGAUCGAUCGCGAUCCUGUGCUGCUUGGGAUUGGGUGUCUUACCCCUUGUGGGAGAGCUUGAAAUCGUGUGUUAGAAAAAGAUGACCUCCUGAAAAUCCUAGGCUCGCCGGGAUUGCAUUAGUAAAACAAACAAAUAGCGGUGGAUUUUCAGCGCAAUGAUUACAACAAAGUGAAAUAUGUCCGAACCCGGUCGCCACCGCCUUCACCACCACCUCCAGGCUUCACCGUGUCAACGGAAGUGAACCAACGGCAAACAACAGUUAGAAGAGAGCCAGUGUUCGGUUAUUGCUGCUGUUGUAGUUACACUACGUAGCGAGGCAUCUCUUGCGGUAAAAUUUGGAUAAGGCUCGGGAAGUUGGAUAAGAAUUUAAUAACAGCACGAUUCUCGAGAUUGGAGCCCCCGCUAUAGUUGGAUGUUGUUUGUGGUGUUUAUUGAUUAGAGGAAAAAAAAAUUGGAACUGUCGUGCGGGUUUCUGUUCGGUUCAGUGUAAAGUGUUUGUGUUGUAUGAAUACCUCGCGACACCCGCGAAUGUUAGUGCAGUGCUGUGCGGAGUUGGAAAGAUUCCAGCCGAAGGUGGGCGAAGAAGAGAUCAUCUGCUAGAAGAAAUCCGCGCGUCGAUCUCGACAACCCGGCAACGGCAUUAAUCCUAGUUUCUAUUACCGGAUAAGGCAAGGGAAGAUAUUUAAGUGUUAUCAAAAUGUAUGCUAAAGGAAAAGGGACUGCAGUGCCGUCGGAUGCACAAGCUAGGGAAAAAAUUGCACUUUAUGUAUAUGAAUAUUUAUUACACGUAGGAGCAUCGAAAGCAGCACAAACAUUCUUAUCGGAGAUUCGGUGGGAGAAGAAUAUCACACUAGGCGAACCUCCGGGCUUCCUGCACUCGUGGUGGUGCGUGUUUUGGGAUCUCUACUGUGCGGCACCGGAACGACGGGACACCUGCGAGCAUUCAUCCGAGGCCAAAGCAUUUCAUGAUUAUGGUUUCGUGAGUUCGGGCUACGGAGUGAAUGGAAUAGCACACAAUGCCGGUCCAGCGCCAAGUCCGCUGGGACAGUUACCACCAAAUGAGGGCAUGCCAGGCGGCCCGAUGGCACCAGCCGGUUUCUUCCCGAACUCCUCAAUUAGGCCAUCACAACCUUCACAUCCUAGUAGUGGGCAGUCCCCACACCCACAACCACCAAACUCGCAUGGACAGAUGAUGAGCGGUCAGCCAUUCAUGGGAGGUCCCCGGUAUCCUCCAGGUCCCCGACCCGGCGUCCGAAUGCCCCAAGGAAUUGGAAACGAUUUCAAUGGUCCCCCCGGACAACCCAUGAUGCCAAAUAGUAUGGAUCCCACGCGGCAAGGUGAAGCUGGAGACUUUGUAGCAUGGCAAGGCCCCCCUGGAAUGGGUCCGAUGAAUCCUAGAAUGAAUCCACCUCGCGGGCCCGGAAUGGGUCCCAUGGGCGCCGGCACGUACGGACCGGGAAUGCGCGGUCCACCACCGAACAGCAGCCUUGGCCCCGGCGGUAUGCCCCCGAUGGGAAUGGCCGGCGGACGGCCCCAGUGGCAACCCAACACGUCAUCGCCCAUGAACUAUUCAUCCUCGUCACCCGGAAACUACGGUGGUCCACCGGGACCAAGUGGACCGCCCGGUCCCGGAACGCCCAUCAUGCCAUCACCUCAAGAUUCAUCCAACUCCGGCGGCGAGAACAUGUACACACCAAUGAAGCCCGAAUUCCCCAUGGUCGGCGGCUCGGACGGUAGUGGCCCGAUGGGUGGACCCAUGGGGCCCAACUCGAUGGGCGGCCCGGUACUUAACAACGACGGCCUGGACGGUAUGAAGAACAGCCCGGCGAACGGGCCCGGAACGCCCCGGGAGGACUCCGGCAGCGGUAUGGGCGACUACAACCUCGGUGGCUUCGGUGGACCCGGAGAAAAUGACCAAACCGAGUCGGCCGCUAUACUCAAGAUCAAGGAAAGCAUGCAGGAAGAGGCGAAACGCUUCGAAAAAGAUUCCGACCAGCCCGAAUACUACAUGCAAUAACAUCCUCCUCCUACUGCUUUUACAACAACUACUACUAGUACUACGACAUCAUUUACUACUACAGCAUCUAUUACCACUACUUCCUCUUCUGUUGAUGAUCAGCCUACUACGCCCAAUGGUGCCGAUAUCAUGUCAACAUUUCCUGCAUCUGUCACUACUUCCACCCAAAGCAACUGAGUUUUCUUUCUCCGUCUGCUAAAAUUGCUUUCCUCAAAAGAUCACAAUAAAUCACAAUCCUUUAUGCUACACGGGCCUCUCCACCUCAAUUGAUGCAAAUUUGGAGAAACAAGUUGACAUAUUUUCGUGAGCAAAUCUACCACUAGAGAACUACACAAAGACUUCCCACAUUUGGAAGCCGAAUGCACUAUUUAAUCAAUCAUUGAAAAGUUAAGAAUUUUGAAACCCCCACUCUCAUUCCCACCCUAAUUUCUAUGCCCUUUCCUCAAUAAGCUUGUAGUUCAAUUAUCUCAGCAACCCAAAAGAGUUUCAAAACAAACACAUUCAAAAUGAUAAUCAUUUUGCUAUCAAUACAAAUGCAAAAACAAACCAUCAGUAUCCAAUGGUAACCAAACAACCAAAAUCAACCGAACUAAACAAAUAAAAAUGGCUAAACAUAUUCUCGAAAUGUGAGAAAACGUUUUACCGGAUCAUCUUCUCCCCCGAACUAUCCCACGUGUCCCCUUCCUUCCUUUACGUUUGAAACCCCUCGCAAGAGAAAACCAAAACUCGACUUCUCGUGUAAAUUAAUUUUAUUUCUUCGUGAGAAUAAUGUAAUUUUCGUCAAAUUCCACCAACCGUUAAAUUCCCGCUUCCGUUUUGUCCAAGUGAAUCCCAGAGUAAAACACAGUGUUGAUGAAAUAUUGCAAAAAAGAAUUGUAAGAAGUUAAAUGGAAACAGAAUAAAACAAAAAACCCAAUAGGAUAAUUUUACCAAUACCAAUUAAAAUAUGAGAACUCGAGAUAGAGAGAGAGAAAGGAUCUAGAGAAGAAAAGAUUUUUUCAGAAUAGAUAAAAAGAAAAGAGCAAUGCACGGCUGAAAAUAAGGAAAAUCAACCGAUCGGCCGCGGAUUGAAAUCAAACGCAAACAACCAGAAAAUGCAUCUGUGUUAAAAUUUAUUAUUAGUUUCGAUAACGUUUUUUUUUUCUUUCCUUUCUCUCC